ACUGUGACCAGGAACACCUUCGCACCCCAGCAGGCACCUGGCUGAGCACACACGGGGCAGCCAUGGAGAAGAGCUACAUGUCCAUGUUCCUGCUGCUCAUGGCCAUCUCCUGUGUUUUGGCAAAAGAUAUAGGCAAGAAGGAGACGAAGGAGACUAGCACUAAACCAAAACUGCCUCAAACACUCUCCAGAGGCUGGGGGGACCAGCUCAUCUGGACGCAGACGUAUGAGGAAGCCCUCUUCCGCUCCAAGAACAGCAAUAAACCCCUGAUGAUUAUCCACCACCUGGAUGACUGCCCACACAGCCAAGCACUCAAGAAGGUCUUUGCUGAACAUAAGGAAAUACAGAAAUUGGCUGAAAAAUUCAUUCUCCUGAACCUUGUGUACGAAACCACAGACAAGAACCUUGCACCUGAUGGCCAGUACGUCCCUCGGAUUUUGUUCAUUGAUCCUUCCCUGACUGUGAGAGCAGACAUUACUGGAAGAUACUCAAAUCGUCUGUAUGCAUAUGAGCCCUCUGACAUUUCUCUGUUGUAUUCAAAUAUGCAGAAAGCACUGAAGCUGCUGAAGACUGAGCUGUAAGGAGAAGGACGCCCUGAAAGGCAACUAAGCCUGGUUUUCACCUCUUCUCCACUCAUCCACACUGCUGAAGAGACUAUUUUUAGUGAUAUUUAGUGAUGUAUAGUGCUGGUUUGUGAACAUAAACACUAGUUUUAUGUUAGCACUUCUGUACAGGGCAGCAUUUUUAAAAGCUGGAGGCUUUUAAUUUAAGACAUACAGGAGAACACUGUAUGACCCAAUUGUACAAAUGAUUUUUUUUUAAAUAAAUCCAUUUCAAGUGUUUACAUACAAAA